AUGAUGCCGUUGCAUGCGAAACGACGUUUAGCUGCGUCGUAUGCCCGAUGCAAUGGCGGCAAAGACGAGGAAACUUUGUGUGACAAUAACAAUGAUCAACAAAAUCCAAAUGUACAACUAUAUCAAGUAUGCUAUAUUGGUACAACACGUUAUACAACAACAACCUAUUUAAAUAUUAGUGAUGCAUGUAUAAUUUACAAACGUGGAAAUGAUUUUUAUGUUGGAUUUAUAAGAAAAAUGAUAUACAACAAAAAAGAACAUGUAAGUUAUUUAUUGCUUAGAUAAUUCUCUUUUAUAUUAUUUUCUCUGUACUAUUUUACGGCCAAGGACGAUUUGCUCUUUUUGAUGAUAUGUUUCUUGUAUUUUUUAGAAUGCCAGUUACUUUGAAGUUGAAGAUAUAAAAAUUAAAGAAGAGCUUAACAUAUCAAUUGGAGUUAAACAUUAUAGCUGUCCAAAUAUCAUAUACGGACACAUUAACAAUCAGAAUAACAACAUUCUUAUAAAAGCCGAUCAAAGCAUCGAAAAAACAGCUUAUGUUUAUGACAAACAUUACCGUUCUUUUGUUUUUUUUCGAUUUCCAACGCUAGUAGAAUCCUCAUAGAAUCCCAGUAUGUGGUUUUCAUUGUUCGCCUGUAUGUCAUAUUUUGUUUGUGGAAUUAUUAUUAAUGCUACUUAAAGAGAACACACACAUAGAAUAAAAACAAAUAUCUACAUCUUUAAUGAAAGAUCACCUUUUUAUUUCUGGUUUUAGUCCUAUGUGUAGAAGCGCAUAGAAUGCUAGUGCACAACAGGAAGAUUAUUGUUCACUUUCUGACUUACCCAAGCAUAAAAAAAGAAUCUAGUAUCGCCCGAUUCAUCUAGAUUACCAGAUUUUUACUCGACUGCAACUACUGUGUAACGACAGUGGAAAUCUAGUAAUUGGGUGAUUACUAGAUUUUUUCUAGUUACACCUAGCGAUUUAUCGCCCGAUAAUCGAUCGAUUCAACUAUUACUAGAUGUGCCUGCAGACGCAUCUAGUAAAAGUCCCUUUUCCAACUAGUGAUCUAGAUGACAACUACUCGUGUAUCGCCCGAUUACAGACGAAAUGUAUCUAGAUUUUUCUCAUAGGUGAUAUUUGCUUGGGUAUAUGCUGUUCAUAUCUUUAAAUAACUUCACACUAUUAAACAUAUGAAGCGGGUCAAGAUGUUCAAUAAUAUAAACAGUUUCAAACGAUGUUGGAACCUUUUCAAAACUGCGUUCAGGCGUCUGUUCAAAUUAGAACGCUUUCAAACGCGUUCGGAAUAUCAAAUAUCUGCAACUGAUGCACAAAAAAUAACUUCUUAGAAGUUAAGAAGAAGAAAGAACAGAAGUUAUUUUUUGUGCAUCAGUUGACUGAUGAUGUCUUUAGAAUAAAGACGAAACGUCUCAAUUUGAAAUUGUCAUUUCAACAUGUAAAAAGCUGAUUUUAAUCUUGAUUUUUGCCGUGAGAAAAUUAAGAUGAACACGAGUUUUCUCGUUGUACACACCAUUUG